AUGCACCUCUCGACCAUUGGCACUCUAGCCUUGUUGCAAGCCAGUCUUGCUUGUGCCUCGGCCAUUUCUACCUCAUGGAUUGAGAAACGAAAGGCAGAGACCAAUGCCACUUUGUUUGCGUACGGCACCAACUCCUCGGCAUGGCCUAUUGCAUACGGUGUUGAUGACGGUUACCUAUACAUCACGCAAACUCCGGACGACUCGACCGCGAAUCUCGAGCCCAUGACUUGGGACCUCCCGUCUAUCACCGGUCAAAACUGGAAGGUUAAUGGAACAUUUGUCAAUGGUACCUCCGCUGGCUACCUCACCAUUACGAACAGUACCGACCGUGCCAUGGGUCUCACUACCGAAACUCCGGUAGUCAGCGUUAAUCAGAGCACCUAUGGCUGGGCUCUUUUCGCUACCCAGCUCGUCUACAACAACAACUCUGAGCUUGAGGCCCAGUUUUGGGCCAAGCCGACCGAAACUCAAGACAUCUAUCUUUUGUAUUGGAACGAAGAUCAGACUGUUUCCGAAGGAAGCUUUCCCGUUGUCGUCAAGGGUGUGGAGGACUCUUGA